AAAAAUUACAUCAUUGAAAACUAUAUUUAAAUACAAAUCCAACGAUAUAAUUUUUGUUAACAUGCACUAACAUUUUGUCAAUUAAAUCUUUGAUUAAAAUUUAACACAAAUUACAAAAGGGACCAAUAAGUAGCAGUACCGUUGUUGAUGCACACGACUAUCAUUCUGUUGUAAUCAUUGGUUUUUGGUUGACAGUUACAGACAAUUGUAUUUGUGUUUUGCUAGUUGUGAUUGUUUCCUAUGGAAAAUAAGGUUAGGGCAUCUCCGCCGCCGACCCUCAAACUGGACAACGUAUCCGUUCACAGACAGGAGGUCGGUCCGCUCCGCGGUCACGGAUGCGAAAGCCAUAUAUCCGAAGCUAUCUGCAUAUAUAUUUUAGACAGGAUUUGAACUAAUUGAAUAAUUUUCACCAAACACGACGGAAUUGAUUAAAAGUUCGGAUAGAAAAUAGCACAGAUCAUUCAUAAAUAGUAUGCAAAUUUGUCUAGUACAACAAUAGUUCAAAUUCAACGAGACUAACCACGAUUCAACAAGUUUUUCAUGGAUGGACUAUGUUAUCCCAUACAUAAUGUUCCUUGAGCUUCGUCAAACAAUGUAAUGCGUGAAUGGUCUGCUCACUAACCUGUAGUACAUCACGGUAGCACGUGCAGACUACACAACCUGUAAAGCAAUAAUGAGUGAAUCAAUCAAUCAACAAGUAGAGCAAGAAGAAUCGGAACUUAUGAUCUCCAUGGUUGCUGCACGCAAAGGUCAUAUUGCCUCCAACCGAUCAACCGUGCCAUAAUACUUCGUGACGGAUCUCUGGAUGGUAUAUGAUGACCCACAAGUAUAAUGAAUCAAGUUAGAGUAUCUCUAACAACAACCCAAUAUAGGGCACGCAAAAAGUAGUUUUGCGUCAUCAGAAUGGGGCAUAUCCCUAUUUUAAGGCUGUCGUUGGAGAUGCUCUUACUACUAUAUUAUUUGAAUGCCCGAUUUUGCUUCGGUAACUUUUUUUUUUUGAGAAAAUUUGCUUCGGUAACUUGACGGGCGCGUUUCCUCUUGGACGAAACAAACUCUUGAGUACUAGACGGAGGAGGAACGUCCCGUGCGUGACCGCCGCCCGCCGGCUAUAUUAGGCCGUACUCACCCCACCGAACGCGUCCAGAACAAAGAACAGAAGAAAACCCGGACAGUGAAUCGGGCGCUGAGGAUGCAGAUCUUCGUGAAGACGCCGGCGGGGAAGACCAUCGCCCUGGAGGUCGAGAGCAUCGACACCGUCGACAGUGUCAAGGCCAAGGUCCACGGCGAGGAAGGCGUCUCGCCGGAGCAGCAGCGCCUCAUCUUCGCGGGGAAGCAGCUGGAGGACGGCUGCAACCUGGCCGAUUACGAUAUCCAGAAGAACUCCACCCUCCACCUCCUACUUCACCUCCGCGGGGGCAACAUGUGGUUCGAGCCCAGCCUGAGAACACUCGCAGAAAAGUACAACUCAGACAGGAAGAUCUGCUGCAAGUGCUAUGCUCGGCUAUCUCUCAGAGCUACAAACUGUCGCAAGAAGAAGUGCCACAGCAACCAGCUGAGGCUAAAGAAGGAUAGCUGGUACAGGAGAUGGAGGCGCUAAAGUGUCCUGCGUCAGUGAAUUAACUUCUCAGUGCUCGCUCAUAUACUCAUGCCAGCGUCAUCAGAGAUGGACCUUCUAAUUAGUUCGUUGUAAAGGUCCUCAUGGAUGUAGAACCUUGAUUAACAUCAGGUAGUGUAGUGUGUUGAUGGCAUGGUUUUCUUCCGACUGUUUAAUGUGUUGAUUACAGUCCUGAGUACAUCUCCAGUCCCCACCGAUGGUAGCAUGACUUGGGGAUCCUGCGACCCGAUUUUUGUUUGACAUGGCUUUUGAUUUUUCCUGUUACUCAGUGCCGCUGAUUGCAAUAUCUUUUGUGGCUUCGUGACAUAACAACACUUUGUGAUUGA